GACGACAUAGAGCAGGCAGGCCAACAGAAUCGAACCAUGAAUAAGACACCCUCCUUGUUUGUUGACGGACUGACGGACAACAUUUCACGAGCAAGGCGCACACAGGGUAGGCAACUAACUGCAUGGCAUGGAUGAGUCCAUCGUCCGUUAGUCAGAAUCCCCCCAGGCUCCAUGCAUCAGGGUCGAUAAGGCGGUACUCACACCCUUUUGACGUGCUCUUCGGCUGCAAACAACACGACCACACCUUCUUCUCUCUCCCCCCACCCUUCAAGACCAUCACCCCACCCUCUCGCUCCCCCUCCCCCUCCCCCUCUCGCUCCCCCAGAGCACCAUCCAGCAUUGUCUCCGUGUCUGCCAGACCCCCGCCCGCAGCCGCCGGCUGCUGUUUCUUCUCGUCUCCGCUCGAUGGGAGGCUUGUGUCCUGGUCGUGCAGCUGGUCCUGCUCAUCGUUCAUGAGGCUGUCAGUGUCGCUCUCUAUCUCGUUGGCCCGGUUGGCCAGCCGGUCCUCCCUCUCCUUUGUGAGGGCUGGGGCGGGCUUGUAGCGGCCGGGGUGGAAGUAUUCCUUGUACUUGCGGUAGGGGAGCGUCAGCGAGAGAUUUGGCCUGUAUACCCAGCAGACAGACAGACAGACAGAGAGAGAGAGACAGAGAGACAGAGAGAGAGACAGAGACAGAGAGACAGAGAGACAGAGAGACAUUUUCAGACAUCAGGAAUUCCUUGUCGUGUGUGUGUGACGUGCCUGAAUGUCUCAGCAGCCACGGGGAAGUAUGUCUGCUGCCUCGCCUGGCACUCCAAGUCACGCAUGAUGCGGAACGCCUCAGCCUGGUACUUAUUCUCCGAGUGGCCCGGCAGCUCCUUCUUUAGUUGCUCAAUCAGUAGCUCCCUGGCCCCCCUCUGCGCCACCUUCCUCUCCCUCCCCUCGAACGUCAUCGCCUCAGUCUUGCUAAAGGGCGUUAUGUAGUCGCCCCUCAGGUAUCGAGUCGGCGUGCCCCUGUGCUUCGCCACCUUGUCUUCGAACGCCGCCGUCCACUGCUUCCGCUCCCGCUGCUCAAUAACGGUGCUGCCCUUCCAUGUGUCCAUGCCUUCCGCUUUCCUCUCAGGCCCAUCCCACAGCUUGAUGCCCUUGGGGAGCGGCAUACGGUCGAGGCCUUCCUUUGCGGGGUUCUCUUUCAGCCGCGGCAGGACGUUGCGGGGCUCCCUUGUGUGCGUGCUCGGCUGCCAUGGGGGCGGGUGGACCGCCAGACGGUCUCCUGCAAUCGUCUUGAGCACUUCUUUCUUCUUGGUCAGCGCCGAAGCGGGCGUGUCAGACACGUGGAAGACCUUCUCCCCAAGCCGAUAACUCAGCCGGUUGCUACAGAGAGCAUCGCAUCAUGCCAUUGGGAGGACGUUGAAUGUAGGUCGCGAAUGCGUGUGUGUGUGUGUGUGUGUGUGGAUGGUUCUCACCUUCUGGCGCUGCCGAUACGAAAUUUCGACUUGAGAGGCGGACGUCUGGGGGGGUCCGGUGAGGGCGACGCCAUUGCAAGCGGAUUAAGGCCGUCAGCCAACACGCCAGAGGCUCCACGGCGGUGUCACUGGGUGAAAAGGGCCUGAAAUUUGG